CUUCUGGACUUGGUAUUUUUUUACUCUCGUCUCUCGUAUUUACGACUUACGAAUUGUACUUGUACGAGAGUGAAAAAAUACCAAGUCCAGAUCGGAUACUUUCGUACAUCUUCGGGUUGCUCAGUUCCUUUCCAUGUUCCACCCAAACCAAACAAAAACAUUGCACGUUGGUGAGCUUAUCAGAGAGUAAAGUGGCUUCGAAGCUCCGAACACCGUUGACACCAAUCAAGCUCGUACUUUUGUUCGUUAGGUUACUUUAAUAAUAUAUUUUUCACAUCUGACUUCCAUAUUUUCUCAGAGACUCGUCUUUAUAGGUUCGUAUGCCCCUGUAAUUCGUCGUACAAAGUGAAUUUCGCGACCAAACUGUCGUGUCAAGAAGAACACAGAACUCCAUCACAAGUCAAAGUUUCCAGUGCAAUUUACUCGUCGUUGAAUCGAACCGAGAUCUUAAUCGAUUCGUUGAUCGGUUUCGAAAGUGUUUGCACCGAGAUAUUACAAUCGAACACGAUGGAGUUACGGCUAUGAGUGUGUACAGAUUCUCGCAGAAUCCUCAGUAUCAAUCAGUAAUGCGCUGAUAAUGGAUUCGCGUUUUUAUAAUCACUUCACCUAGUAGAAUUGAUGAUCGAGCAGCUAAUCAGCCUUCGUUAUUACACUCGAACGUAUCUCUCGUUGGAUCUAAGAACCCUACGCGAUAAAUGUUCAAUGUUGGACCUUUGAGAUAACGUCGUGGCAAAAUGUCUUCGAAAGAGAGCCAACAGCAGUCAGAACUUAGCCUUCAAAUGUCCGGACUAGUUAUCAAAGAUGAUAAAGUCAUUCAACGCGAAACUAAAACCGACCAAGAGAACAGCAAAGUCGAAGAGGAAACCAGUAGCAGAGAUGUUUUCUUGAAAGAUCUGAGCGAUGUUUUCAUUCGAGAUAUGAACAACUUCGGUAUAUGUGUGAUCGAUAGCUUUUUAGGACAAGAUCGAGGAGAAUCAGUUUACCAAGAGGUACUACGGUUGGAAAAUUCGGGAAUAUUUCAAGAAGGACGAUUGGUGAAGAAUAAUGAAAAAAAUCAGAUCGUUAGAAGCGACUUGAUGGCUUGGCUUGGAGGAGACGACGAAAGGUAUCCUAAUAUACGUAAAUUAGUCUCCGAUAUCGAUCAAAUCGUUAUGAAUGCUCGUAAACUACCGAAUAAUGGUAAACUAGGAAAAUACCAAAUUAAAGGUAGAACAAAGGUUAUGGUGGCUUGUUAUCCGGGUAAAGGAACACAUUACGUUAAACAUGUGGAUAAUCCUCACGGAGAUGGACGCAUAAUUACUGCUAUUUAUUACUUGAAUAAAGAUUGGAACAGAAAGACGGAUGGAGGCGUGUUGAGGAUUUUCCCCGUUGACGAACGUAAUCACGCAGCUGAUAUCGAUCCGAUGUUCGAUAGAAUGUUGUUCUUUUGGUCCGAUAGAAGUAAUCCACAUGAGGUCCAGCCAUCCUAUAGAACAAGAUACGCAAUCACAAUUUGGUAUAAGCAGUAAAAUUUUGACAAAAGCGAACAUCGCAAAGAACUAAAGAAAUGAACGAAAAUCAAAAGAAUAAAACUGCUGACGGAUCGUAGUAUGAUAUUGGUUAUUUUUUCGUGUACCAUAUCUUCUACCUAUUUCUUUUUCUCUUUCAGACUCUGUAAAAUAAUUACUCGUGUUAUCGUAUAUGUGUUCAUAUUGUGUUUUCAAUCCUUGUGUGUGUCUGUUUUCUCCUUCUUUCCUUUCUUAUACUGAUUAAUGUGCAAUAUUGUUUAAUAUAAGGUUUUUUUUCUGUAAUAUUUUACGAAUAAAAUGUUGUUAUCAAACGUUA